AUGAAUUUGACGCCUCAAGCCAACAUAGUUGGUAGGGGAUGCGGCUCUGCCGUGCAUGGAAGGCAUCUAUGGCUUCAAGGCCUUUGCGGACCAUGCGUCUUGUGCUCAUGGGGAUUUAUUAGUAUCACGCGAAGCUUCCAGAGAACAGUGCUGUGGAUCCUAGUUUCGGAUCCAGCUUGGUGCGGUUGUUUUUCGGCACGGGGGGCCGUGUAUAAAUUACCUUUCGGAUCGCGGGCAGCAGGGGAUUGGCUCCCUCCUGAGAGAAUGUUCUAUUCUGCUCAGGUUCGUACGCCACCGUGGGCUACGAGGAGAUUUUUCAGAACUAUCACUCGGAUUUGCCAGAGCCGUUCUCCAGCACUAAGAGCCAGUCCAAAGGAUCAAGAUAUCAAGUUAGCAGGAACAGGACGACCGAGGCAGGCUUGCGGGAAAAUACGCGGGAUUUAUAUGGCGCCUCCUACCAUUGUUCGGGACAAACAGGAACAUCCUGACCAGCGAGAAAUA